UGGCUUUUUUUUUUGCAAUUUAAAGUAAUGCAAGCCUGGAUGACAAUGCAUCGUCAGCCGUGCCUUUGGGCCGAGAGGCCAGAGUUUUGAAGCUGCUUUUCUGAUGCGCCGACGGGUUUUGCAGUUUGAAUCCGACUGCGCAAGCAGAAGCAGCAGCAGCAGCAGCAGGCGGGUCACGUGACGCAGUCCCGGGGAUCGCGAAUUGAUCGAUUGGCCAAAAAAAAAGGGAGAGAGACAGAGGGAGAAAGAUAGAGGGGGCCAGUGGGAAAUCGGUCACAAAUAUGGAGACGCACAUCUCGUGUCUCUUCCCGGAGAUUUUAGCCAUGAUCUUCAGUUAUUUGGACGUGCGGGACAAAGGGCGAGCGGCACAAGUGUGCGCGGCCUGGAGGGACGCUGCUUACCACAAAUCCGUCUGGAGGGGGGUCGAAGCCAAGUUGCAUUUGAGGAGAGCCAACCCUUCCCUUUUCCCCAGCCUGCAGGCCAGGGGCAUCAGGCGGGUACAGAUCCUCAGCCUGCGGCGCAGCCUCAGCUAUGUGAUCCAGGGCAUGCCCAACAUCGAGAGCCUCAACCUCAGCGGCUGCUACAACUUGACAGACAUCGGCCUGGGACACGCGUUCGUGCAGGAGAUUCCGUCCCUCAACGUGCUGAACCUGAGCCUCUGCAAACAGAUCACCGACAGCAGCCUGGGCAGGAUCGCCCAGUAUCUCAAGAACCUGGAGGUGCUGGAGCUGGGCGGCUGCAGCAACAUCACCAACACCGGCCUUCUGCUCAUUGCCUGGGGCUUGCACAGACUCAAGAGCCUAAAUUUGAGGAGCUGCCGGCAUGUCUCAGACGUAGGGAUCGGCCAUUUGGCAGGCAUGACCAGGAGCGCUGCGGAAGGCUGCUUAAACCUGGAGUAUCUGACUUUACAAGACUGCCAGAAACUCUCGGAUCUCUCCUUAAAACACAUCUCCAAAGGCCUGACCAAACUCAAGGUGCUCAACCUGAGUUUCUGCGGUGGGAUUUCAGACGCGGGUAUGUUGCACCUAUCACACAUGACCAGUUUGUGGAGUCUCAACCUGAGGUCCUGUGAUAACAUCAGCGACACUGGCAUCAUGCAUUUGGCCAUGGGCAGCUUGAGACUGACUGGCUUGGACGUUUCCUUCUGCGAUAAGAUAGGUGACCAGAGCCUGGCUUACAUCGCGCAAGGCUUGUUUCAGCUCAAGUCGCUUUCCCUCUGCUCCUGCCACAUAAGUGAUGACGGCAUCAACAAAAUGGCCCGGCAGAUGCACGAAUUAAGGACCCUAAAUAUCGGCCAGUGUGUGCGGAUUACAGACAAAGGACUGGAGCUCAUAGCUGACCACUUGACCCAGCUGACGGGCAUUGAUCUGUAUGGCUGCACAAAAAUCACCAAACGGGGAUUGGAAAGAAUAACGCAACUGCCCUGCCUUAAAGUUCUUAACUUGGGACUCUGGCAGAUGACUGAAAGUGAAAAAGUAAGGUGAAAAUUUUUGUUUAAAACAAACACUUAAGAAUCGCCGCCAUUGCUGUCAAAACAGGAGUAUUCAGUUGUUUUAUUCCUCCAAAAAAGUAUGACUUUAAAACAGUGGUGUUCGUUUUGUUGUAACUUAUACGGCAAAUUAUUUCCACACCGUGCUAUCAAAUAAGUUGCAGUAUUCCCAUCCUUCAACAUAGUUUUCACAGCAAAACAACAAGUAAUUUUGACGGUGUCACUGUUUUCUGGAAUCUGGUUCAUACUUUGUUUUGAUGAUAUGCAUAUUGCUGAUAGACACAUUCAAGGCUACCUCGUUUUCUUUUGUGCCCUGAAAUUGAGGAGUUACACAGUAAGAUCUGUCCCUAGAGCAACGUUUUCCCUCCCCGCCUCUGGUUGGUCUACAGCGUUACUACCCUUUUGUGGACAAAAAGAAAUGAAAAUAAAGUUGGCUGGAAACAUUUUUACAAAGGAUCUAUGAAGCACACAUGACGCUGGUUUUCGUAGACUUGGCUGCACCCAAGUCAAAAACCACCGAACUAUAGUUUUAUGCAAAGGAAACAAAAAGAACUGAAGUUGGAAUCUAGACGCCUUGAUCUGGCAGCUGUACAGGUUUUUUCUUUUCGGUCGACACUUAUAACAGUUAUGGGGGACUUAUUUUUCCCCGUCUUUUCAGAAAUGAUUAAAGCCUGUUCUACCUUAAAUAGGGCGACCACGUCAAGUGAAGAAUCAUCGAUUCCCGAGGAUUGAAUGCUUGUCAGGGCCAUGAUGCAUAGACAGGCAGUUAGUUACUGAAGGGAAAAAAUAUCCUGCUGAUCAACCUAUAUUUGAAUUGUACUGUAUGUGAAUUUGUAAAUGAUACUUAAACGUUUUAUAUUCUUACAGUAAACGUUAAAAAGCUGAUAUUUAUAUAAUAAAGACGGGAAAAUAUGAA